UGCUAGAAUUUUAAAUAAUGAUAUUGCCACUUUGCCUUUCUAACGUCCCAUCUUGGUGAUAAGAUUAUUUUGUCACCAUUAUAAAAAUCUUGAAAUAGGUGAGGCUAGAAAGCUAUAAGGAACUUGGACCUCCAUUGGGGGUUUUGAGAAAAUCUCAAAGUUCCCCUCAUAACUCAUUGAAAUAAAAAUAUAAUUGAAAGACAGUUCCUGGAUUUGCUAUAGAGAACCACGGCUUGGGAGGGAAGAGUGCCAAGAAGAGAUGCAAUGUGCUAGGAUGUUGGGAUGGGUAUCUUCAAGUCUGGGGUUUUGUUUCCUCCAUCAGAUGAUACAUUGCAACACUCCCACAGGCCAGCCUGCCUCCUUGGCGCUUCAGGCGGAGGUAAUAAAGUCAUUUGAUUGGCCAGUCUGGAAGGCGCCAUCUUCAGGUGGCCCGCCCCUUCCUUUGCUCUAGGGCGGAGCUGCCACAGGAAGUGCCUCGGUCUGGGAGGCAAGAUUGACAGGUACCGGAUUCGCCUCUGCCUCCGCGCCAUUUCCCUCUGGCUUGUUUCUGGGGCGUAGCUGAUUCCUUUCUCUUAAUUUUGAAGCCACAAUCCAGGUCUCUGGAAAUAGACCCAUUGCUGCGAUCAGAAGUGAUCGUUUCACACAUCGUGAUGUUUCCCUUGGCCCGAUACGCACUAAACCGUCUCAAGACUCAAAGCAUUCGACAAGUUGUGGCAAGACAGGGCCACCAAAAGCCCUCAUCGGAUUUUCAUGACAAAUAUGGCAAUAUGAUGCUAAUUAGUGGAACCACUUUCUGUUUACUUGGAUAUAUAAUUUAUAUGACACAGAUGGGGGUAGAAUGGAACCUGUCUCCUGUUGGCAGAGUUACCCCAAAAGAGUGGAAGGAUAAGUAAUUAUCUCAGAUAUCAUAAUGCAGAAUUGUCUCAAAACAAACUUGUCAUGGAAAUAUUCUGUUAAUUAAAUAUAGCAUAACAAAGAAAUAAAAUUAAUUUAAAAGUA